AGCUGGUAACGGUUUUAUCCACUGUGCAUAGUGCUGAAAUGGUACCAUUCAUUGACAAAAGGGGCAACCAGCUCAUGAAGCCUGAAGCUAUCUUGGAUUACAACCACACAAUGGGUGGAGUGGACAGGGCAGACCAGAUGCUGUCUAGCUACUCAGUGCCACAGAAGCGAAAGAAGAUCUCGUACAAGAAGAUCUUCCAGCACUUGUUGGAUGAAGCGACAUACAAUUCAUUUGUCCUCUAUCAGAAAGAAGGAGGCCGAGCAUCCCACAUGGAUUACCAGCUGCAACUUAUUGACGAGAUCAUCACCAAGUAUUCAGGGAAUGGCAGUGCCAAGAAGAAAGGGCGGCCAGGAUGCCCUCUGAACAUGAAGCGGCUUACUGAGCGCCACUUCCCGUCGCACAUCCCGCUGACAGAGAAGAAGCGAGAACCGACACGCCGCUGCAUCGUCUGCUACAUGAAGAGAGACAGCAAGGGCAAGAACAUCCGCAAGGAAACUAGGAUCUGGUGUAGGUGGUGCGAGAAGGCCUUGUGCGCAGUGCCGUGUUUUGAGCGCUACCACACCGUUGGUAGUCUCCAAUAGUUGGGAGGGGAUCAACGGAGGAAGAGUGCAUUUUGUGUAUUGGUAUACAUAACCAACCCUUUCUUACCGGAGU